ACAUUACAGCAAAAACAACUUGGCCAAAAAAUAAAAAUAUAUAAUAGUAAAAGAAACACUCUAUGGCCGAAGCAGCCGCCAAAACUCCGAUCAGUGGCCGGAACUCGGGCGAGGUCGAUAAGUAUUCGGGCGAGUCCGAGAGCGUGGCUCUGAUGAUCUUCGGAUUCCUGGAGGAAACCGAAUGGUCGCCGGAAAGCUCGUGCAACUCCGGAGAUAGCUUUAACGGCGGGGACUUUGUUGAGGAGCUGGAAGAGGAGGAAGUGGAUGAGAGUUCUUGCAAUGUUGAAGAAAACAAGGCCUUUUGGGAGUCUCAGGAGCAGCUUGUUCAGGGAACUUUGCGGAGGAGUAGCUCUGUAGAAACCAAAAUUAGGCAUGCUGUGAAGGAUGCUCUAAAGGAGAUAAAUUCGGAGGGAAUAGGUUGUGAUUGCCUGGGACAGGUGGCCGAAGGUUGCCGGAACUGUAGACAGAGAGAGAUUUCCGAUCGCCUUCGAAAUGCGGGUUAUAGUUGUAACAUCUGCAAGUCCAAGUGGAGGAGCUCAACAGAUAUUCCAUCAGGGGAGCACACCUAUUUGGAAGCAGUAGACAGUACAAGUUCAAAGAGAGGAGAAACAAUCAGGGUCGUAAUUGAGCUCAACUUCCGAGCUGAAUUCGAGAUGGCAAGAGCUGGUGAAGAGUACAACAGCCUGAUCCGACGAUUACCAGAAGCGUUCGUCGGAAAAGCUGAAAAACUGAGAACCCUGAUCAAGAUACUGUGCUCGGCAACUAAAAAGUGCAUCAAGGACAAGAAGAUGCACAUGCCUCCAUGGAGGAAGCACAAGUAUAUGCAAGCUAAAUGGCUAGGUAAAUGCGAGCAAAAUUCGUCAUCAGUGAAUUUUUCGGCGAAGAAUUUGGAUCAGCAGGCGCCGCGGAAGCACAGGGCUUCCUUGCUUGCCUUCGAUUUCCUGGAAAACAUGCCGAGUUUGCAUUGUAGUACUGCUAUUAGAGUUGUUUGAUGGUGAAGAAAUUUUGAAGUUCUGUCAACUACCUAGUUUUGUGAUAUGUCCCUCGGAUUACGCUAGAGUAAUUUUGUGAGUUGUUGCUCGGAUUUCCCUGUUGUAAUAUUUUAUAUCUCAUAAUUAUAAUUAUAGUCUAGCUCUUUGUUUGGAGAUGUAAUGUCCCUAAAUACAUGUCCACUUUGAAUA